GGGGAGAAAGGUUCGAGAAAGCACAGUGAAUAUUUGAAAAAGUAGAAGUAGACAUGAAAUUCUGUUUUCAGACUGAAAAUGUGUGCUCUCGAAACCAUACCAUAUGCUUGUGAUGUGUUCAGGGUAGUGUACUGCGUAAGUUUGCAAACAGGCUCAUAUUUAACCCUGUUUGAUGUCAAGUCAAUGAUUUUCCACUAAAUCAAUCAGCUACGCUUAUUCUUUUUUAGCCCACUUCAGUUUGGUGUAAAGGAAAUACAAACAGAACUUAGUUUCGCGCAAACUGAAAACGGGAAGCUUUAAAUUAAACUUUCAAAUGUGCUUUAUAACAGCUUUAUCUCUAUAUGAGUGAUAUACAGUUUUAUUUCACAUGCAAGCCCGGAUUUUAGCAUAGGCUUUCCAGGGCUGCAGCCUGGGGCCCCCGAAAGAUGGUUUGUAUUUUUGUGAGCAAGAACCAGGAAAUAGGCUAUGGAUGUUAAUUUUAAGGCAUCGGAACAUCUUUACAAACAUCGCGUUUUGAAAGCCAGCUCGCAAGCGGUUCAAAGUGCUGAGACUGAAACCACGUGGGAGGAAGUGCAUGUUGACACAAAAGCCGGUGAACAUGUGCUUGUGAGUUUUUCUGCUGCCGAGUGUUUUUAUGCGAGUGACCAUGCCGGAGCCGCAGAGCAAGUUGUCGGUGCGACGCUGCCUCACCUUUGCUACAGGCCUGGUGGAGUGUCUCUGUUUCGCCGGAGCCGUGUUCGGAUGGGCUGCCCUUGUUUUUGUCCUCAAGGAGGACCGUUACUUCAGCUCUCUGUGUGUAAACGCCACAGGACUCAACGGCACGCAAACUCUGGACUGCCGUGCACAGGAUGAACAGUUCUCGCUCAUUUUCACCAUCGCUUCUUUUAUGAACAACUUUCUGACGCUGCCCAAUGGUUUCCUGUUUGAUCGAUUUGGGACCACAGUGACUCGACUCUAUGGGAUAUUCCUUUACACCAUGGGCACCUUGAUGUUGGCUUUCUCCUCAUCAGCUCUGGCCUACCUGCUCUUUCCGGCUCUUUCUUUUCUGGCUGUUGGCGGCAUCUUAUUUCUCAUGACAAACAUGCAGGUUGGAAACCUGUUUGGAUCCCGUCGUUCCACCAUCAUCACUCUCUACAACGGGGCAUUUGAUUCUUCCUCAGCGCUUUUCCUCAUCAUCAAGCUGUUGCAUGAGUCUGGCGUCUCUCUACGUUCUGCCUUCCUCUUUCUGUCGGCCUGCAGCGUCGUCCACAUCCUCAGGACGUUCUUCCUGCUCCCCAGAAAACAUAUUCCUUACCCGCUGCCGGAUCGCUACACAUAUGGAGUCUCUUGUGGUAAAUCGGUGGCUGCGAGUGCAGAGGUGGCAGCAAACGGUGAGGCGCAUCCAGCAGCUGAAGAAGCGCCUCUCACAAAGAACGCUGCUGUCAGACAAGAGAAGACUUUCCGAGAGUGUUUGCUGUCCAGGUUCUUUUUGUGGCACCUGCUCUGGCUGUCGGUGAUGCAGCUCAGGCACUACCUGUUCAUCGGCACCCUCAACCCCAUGCUGCAGAGGCUGACUGGAGGAGAGGCCUCACUGGUGAGCCAGUACACCAACGCCUUCGCCAUCACCCAGCUGUGUGGAGUGCUGUGCGCUCCCUGGAACGGCCUCAUCAUGGACCGACAUAAAGGCAAACCGCGAGCUGCAGGAGAGACGGAGCUGGAAGCUGAUCUGCGGGCGUCUGUGCUUUCUCUAUUCCUGACGGCGCUGCAGUGCGUCUUGUUCUCUCUGUGUGCCUCCACCCCUUUCCUCCCGCUUCAGUACCUCACCUUCAUCCUGCAGGUGCUGAACCGCUCCUUCCUCUACGGCGGCAACGCAGCCUUCAUCAGCGUGGCGUUUCCGUCUUGCCAUUUUGGGAAGCUGUACGGUCUGAUCAUGGCUCUGUCUGCAGUGUUUUCUCUGCUGCAGUAUCCCUGCUUUGCUCUGGUGAAAGGACCUCUGGGUGGAGAUCCUUUAUACGUGGACGUCGGCCUGACGCUGCUCAGCGUGUUAGCCUUCAUACAUCCCGUCUUCGUCUACAUGCAUUGUCGAAAUCUCGCCUCUGAGAGAGCAAGGAGCAAAGCCUCAUCUUAAAGAGCGCAAACCGAGGACGGUGAUUUAAAGCUUUCCACCUUGGUGGUCGAGUACCAUUUCCUGACUAGAAACUAAGAACUUUAUUUUCAGUAAAUUUUGUAAUCAUUUUACAGUUUCACCUUAAGCCAGAGUUCUUUUCAUAGAUAAUCCUAAGUGUCCCACAGAGGCAUAAAAUUACAAAUCCUCAGUCGCACUACUAAAAAGGUGAAUGUUUGUUUCUUUCCUUUACUUUUUGCAAGUUUCACUUCAUACUAACAACCUUUUUAUGUGUUUACUCAGUCAUCUGAUGCUUGAAGUAACUCUUUUUUUUCCCUUUUUGCACAGAUAUUCUGCGUAGGUCAAUCAUUGUUUUUCUGCGUAGGUCAGUCAAACGUUUUACUUAAACAAAUUUGUUGUACGUUUGUUGUUUGGUGCCUAAUAUGUGCCAUUUAUCGCUGAAAAGGAAAAGGCAUAGAGUUUAUUUUUAUUAUGAAACAGACUAAGGACCAUUACAGUGACCGUAAUAACAAUAUAAAAGUUACUCAGCAAAGAUUUGAACGGCUUCAUCAGACAGGAAACAUCUCUGCCCUCUGCUGGCUGCACAGCAGAUUUAUUUCCUUCUGACCAGAAAAACGUUUCUUUUUACUACAUUGAAUUCGUGUUUUUGUCCAUUAUGUGGAGUGUCAUUAUUUCAGUGUUUUUAUAUUAAACAUAGAGACAUAUAGACAUACUGUGUUAAAACGUGUAAAGGAUCAAAAAGGGACGUUUUAUAUUCCGCGGGAAAGUGCCAAACUAAAGCUGACUAGUAUUUAUUUUAAUGAGAUAUUGAUUAAUAUUGAUAUGGAUAUAACAUCGCUGAACAAAAUGUAGCUUUUGAUUAAAUGUGUGAUGAAGGGAAUUAAUUAAUGUUCUUCACAUUUUGUUGCUUUUGUUAAACUGAGGUCAACUGCCACCUACAGGUUGUGAAAGAAAGUGCAAUUGUACCAUUGUUUUCAUGUAACUUGACUGAUGGACACGUUUUUACGUACAAAAAUCCAUUCUGAAUAAAAACUUGAUACAUUUCUGUUCUCAAAA